GUGUUUCCGCUGCCGGUCGCGAACCGUAACGGCGUCAUGGAGACUCCACGUAGCAUAGGCCGAGACGACUGUGUGGCGUUCGAGCGGCACGAUGUGCGACGUCUUAGCAGCCUGGUACCGUUUCUGUAUCUGAACAUAAAUUACUCACGGCUGCCCCAUAGUCAAUACAAAGCCGGGAUGCCACCCUCUGUUCAACUGGCGGGGAUAUCCGCCGUGGCAGCCUUCGCGGUCGAUCGAUAUGCGCCCAAGUACUCCCUUGGGCUCAUCGUGACGGCCACCAUUUUGUUCAUAAUCCAGGUUUUGGCAUAUCAAGGAUACCUCUUGGUCCUCUAUCCGCGCUUCUUCAGCCCGCUCCGGGACCUACCAACAGCUCCCGGAGGCAAGUUGUUUACAGGUCAUACGAAACGUAUCAUGGCAGAGACCUCUGGGAAGCCAAUGCGGGAAUGGAUCGAAACGGUACCGAACGAUGGCCUCAUCCGUUACAGCAUGUGGGGCCAGGAGCGGGUACUCUUGACCAACCCCAAGACACUGGGUGAGGUGCUCGUUACGAAGAAUUACGAGUUCAUUAAGCCCUCCCAUUUCCGCAACGCUCUUGGACGGAUCUUGGGCAUCGGCAUUCUGCUCGCGGAAGGCGAUGAGCACAAGCGCCAGCGCAAGAACCUUAUGCCAGCGUUUAGCUACCGCCACGUUAAGGAUCUCUAUCCUGUCUUCUGGGACAAGUCGCGGGAACUCAUGGAGUGUCUGUCCAGUGCAUCAAAAGAGACUGCGCAACCCACUGAGAAGACGGAGAAGGCUUCCACUGACCCGGAGAAGGCUGCACCGGAGACCGCCGAGCAUGCACCUGGUAUCAUCAACGUGGGCAGCUGGGUCUCCCGCGCAACGCUGGAUAUCAUUGGCUUAUCUGGUAUGGGCCAAGACUUUCAUUCGCUCCAGGACCCCAACAACAAGCUCAAUCAAACGUAUCGUGACGUGUUCAAUCCAGGCCGUGCUGGGCGCAUACUGCAGCUAAUGGGAGUCUUUCUUCCGUUUUGGCUUGUUCGGGCCUUACCGCUCAAGCGAAACAAAGAAAUGAGCAACGCCUCUGCCUACAUCAAGCAAGUAUGUCGUGACUUGAUUGCCAAGAAGCGGAUGGAGAUGACAGAGAAAGAGCGCACUGAUGUUGACAUCAUCUCAGUUGCGCUCGAGUCUGGCGGCUUCACUAAUGAGGAGUUGGUGAACCAAAUGAUGACAUUCCUCGUUGCCGGCCAUGAGACUACGGCCACAUCAAUGAUCUGGGCGCUGUACCUGCUUUGCAAACAUCCUGAAGUGCAGACUAAGCUGCGCGAGGAGAUCAGGAGCAAGUUGCCGUCCCUCAACGACGAAAUCACCGCAGCGCAGAUUGACGACUGCCAAUAUCUGCACGCUGUGGUCCACGAGAUCCUGCGUCUGUGGUCGCCCGUCAGCAUGACCAUGCGCAUCGCAGAGAAUGACGCUACAGUCAAUGGUCAUUUCAUCCCUAAGAAUACUACGAUGAUACUAUGCCCGUGGGCUAUCAACACGAGCACGCAUCUCUGGGGUGACGACGCCUUGGAGUUCAAGCCGGAGCGCUGGCUGGAUGCGGACGGCAAGGCGAACAACAAGGGAGGCGCAGAGUCUAACUAUUCCUUCUUAACCUUCUUGCACGGCCCGAGAUCGUGUAUCGGUCAGCGUUUCGCGAUCGCAGAGUUUGCGUGCAUCCUUGCAGCGUGGGUCGGAAGGUUUGAGUCGAGUUUCGAAGAGGGCAGUCCGUUGACAAAGGGGGAGCUGGAGAUCAAGGGUGGAAUCACCAUGAAGCCCAAGGCUGGUGUUUGGGUGAAAUUGAACGAGCUCAAAGGUUGGUGAUGUGCGAUACACCUCAUAGGUACCCGUCUUUCAGGCAGGCUACGACAGAUAAUCUACAAGACAUUGAGUUGUAGUCAAACUUAUGCUUGGUCUUACAUGGAGCAUCGCACUCGAUUGUCUUCUUGAAAGACGCACCGCCGAGCGCUCUUGCUGGCCUCCAAAGCUCCAAACCAUGCAGCAAUACGAUCGCACCUUAGUGUGUCGCCGCUA